AUGUCUUCGACUAACAGCUUCCCGAGUGUGUGCAGUAUCGGCGGCUGGGAUCCUCUCAUCUCCGCCAUUCCCGCCACUAAAGUUGAGCUCACCGUGUCGUGCAGAAACCUACUCGACAGAGACACUUUCUCCAAAUCUGAUCCAAUUUGCGUGCUUUAUACUCAAACGGUGGUGAGCAGGAAGUGGAGAGAGUUUGGGAGAACAGAGGCCAUCAGUAACACUCUGAACCCAGACUUUGUUCGAAAAUUCAUCCUUGAUUACUUUUUUGAAGAGAGGCAGAACCUACGCUUUGACCUGUACGACCUCGACUCAAAGAGUGAAAAUCUGUCCAAACAUGACUUCCUGGGCCAGAUGUACUGCACUCUUGGGGAGGUGGUUGGAUCCCCAGGUAGUCGUAUGGAGAGAACACUCAUGGGCAUCCCUGGUAAAAAUUGUGGGACAAUCAUUGUUAAAGCAGAGGAACUUGGAAAUUGUCGGGAAUCAGUGUUGCUGCAAUUUUGUGGAAACAGCCUGGAUAAGAAGGAUUUUUUCGGCAAGUCAGACCCAUUCCUUGUCUUCUCACGCAGUAAUGAAGAUGGAACAUACACCAUUUGCCAUAAGACUGAAGUGGUAAAGAACACACUGGACCCUGUGUGGCAGGCCUUUAAAAUCCCAGUUAGAGCGCUGUGCAAUGGAGACUAUGACAGAGCAAUAAAGAUUGAGGUGUAUGACUGGGACAGAGAUGGAGGACAUGACUACAUUGGAGAGUUUAAGACCAGCUAUAGGGAACUGUCGAAAGGCCAAUCUCAGUUCAGUGUUUGGGAGGUAUUAAACAUGAAGAAAAAGAAGAAAAAGAAGAAGAAAUACCUCAACUCAGGAACUGUGACUCUGCUGUCAUGCCUCAUAAAUGUUGAAGUCACCUUUUUGGACUAUAUUAAAGGAGGUACUCAGAUUAAUUUCACGGUGGCGAUCGAUUUUACCGCAUCAAAUGGAAACCCAUCUCAGCCUACCUCUCUUCACUACAUGAACCCAUACCAACUCAAUGCCUAUGCCAUGGCUCUGAGAGCUGUGGGCGAGAUCAUUCAGGACUAUGACAGUGAUAAGAUGUUUCCUGCACUGGGGUUUGGAGCAAAGCUGCCUCCAGAUGGCAGGGUAUCACAUGAGUUUGCCUUGAAUGGGAACCCAGAAAACCCGUACUGCAGCGGUAUUGAAGGAGUAAUAGAGGCGUAUUACCAGAGUCUGAAGAGCGUACGGCUGUACGGUCCCACAUAUUUCUCACCUGUUAUUAAUCACGUUGCAAGGUAUGCAUCAUUAAUUAAGGAUGGCUCCGAGUACUUCAUCCUCCUCAUCAUUUCAGAUGGCGUUAUCUCUGACAUGGCCCAGACCAAGGAAUCCAUCGUAAAUGCUUCCUGUCUUCCAAUGUCAAUAAUAAUAGUGGGAGUUGGAUCAGCUGAAUUUGAUGAAAUGGUUGAACUGGAUGGAGAUGAAGUCAGGAUCUCCUCAAGAGGAAGGUUUGCAGAGAGAGAUAUUGUACAGUUUGUUCCUUUCCGAGACUACAUUGACCCAAGAGGGAAUCACAUCUUCAGCAUGGCCCGUCUGGCCAAAGAUGUCCUGGCUGAAAUUCCAGACCAGUUCCUGUACUACAUGAGAACCAGAGGCAUCAAACCGAGUUUGACGCCUUCUGCUUACUCUUCCAAACCCCUGACAGCACUGUCCCACUCUGCAGAGUCAUUACAGACGCAGAUCUGA